AUGGUCCUGAGCGUCCUCAGCAGCAUUCUAGUUUCCCACCCCACCAACCCAAGCCCCAUUACCCUGCCUACCCAUCUCAGUAUUCCAAUCAGUAUUCUAGUUACCAGCCACUGUCUCCCAGUCACUACCCAAGCUACACACCUAAUGGUCCCACGCUUCACCAGCAGCAGUCUGGCUCCCAAACCUCGCCAGUUCAAUGGUUACCUGCCGCAGGCGCCCAAGCCCACUCACCAGCAUCAAGGCUACGUGCCGCAGAAGCCCAAGCCCGACCACCAGCAUCAAGGCUACGUGCCGCAGAAGCCCAAGCCCGACCACCAGCAUCAAGGCUACGUGCCGCAGAAGCCCAAGCCCGACCACCAGCAUCAAGGCUACGUGCCGCAGAAGCCCAAGCCCGACCACCAGCAUCAAGGCUACGUGCCGCAGAAGCCCAAGCCCGACCACCAGCAUCAAGGCUACGUGCCGCAGAAGCCCAAGCCCGACCACCACCAUCAAGGCUACGUGCCGCAGAAGCCCAAGCCCGACCACCAGCACCAAGGCUACGUGCCGCAGAAGCCCAAGCCCGACCACCAGCAUCAAGGCUACGUGCCGCAGAAGCCCAAGCCCGACCACCAGCAUCAAGGCUACGUGCCGCAGAAGCCCAAGCCCGACCACCAGCAUCAAGGCUACGUGCCGCAGAAGCCCAAGCCCGACCACCAGCAUCAAGGCUACGUGCCGCAGAAGCCCAAGCCCGACCACCAGCAUCAAGGCUACGUGCCGCAGAAGCCCAAGCCCGACCACCAGCAUCAAGGCUACGUGCCGCAGAAGCCCAAGCCCGACCACCACCAUCAAGGCUACGUGCCGCAGAAGCCCAAGCCCGACCACCAGCACCAAGGCUACGUGCCGCAGAAGCCCAAGCCCGACCACCACCAUCAAGGCUACGUGCCGCAGAAGCCCAAGCCCGACCACCACCAUCAAGGCUACGUGCCGCAGAAGCCCAAGCCCGACCACCAGCACCAAGGCUACGUGCCGCAGAAGCCCAAGCCCGACCACCAGCACCAAGGCUACGUGCCGCAGAAGCCCGACCACCAGCACCAUUCAUCUAAAAGUCCUCAACGGCAACGAUUCUUUGGCAGAUUACCAAGCCACUUCUCCAAGUGGCCGCAAAAACCUCACCAAAUGAUGAAACUUCAGUCUCCAAAGAAGCGUUAUUACUAG